UGGCGGACAGGACAACUUGAAAAUGUCAGGACGACAACCAAAUGAUAGGGGGUUAAGUGGGCCUCCUCCCCAUGAUGCCUCGUCUCCGUACAAGCGUGUCCGCCCCACGUCACCCCACCACAUACAGCGUGGGGGGCCCAGCAGUACCCAGGGAGCGUACGCCUACCCGCAGGAACAGUCAGCUCCCAGAUAUGCAGGGAUGGGGUCUGGCACACACCCUUACCAGGGGAUCUACAGAACGGACCCUUAUGCUCAGGCUGAACAACAUCGUGAGUUUCGAGACCGGAUGCGAGAAGCAGAGUACCUUGGUAAGCGCCGCCCCACCUUACUGCCGGAGUACCAUGCGCAGCCUGCUGUUUCGGCCGCUGAGAGGGACAGGGGCUCGGACCACUACUCUCACUACAACCAGGAAGGUGUGACCGUGAUUCCAUCGGCUGCAGCUGCCGCGGCAGCUCUCAGUGGCCACCAGGCCGUUGAUGUCAACACACCACCAGGUCCUAAGGGCCCCCGACUGACCGACCGCCAUGAUCUCACACACCCGCUGCACAUCGACAUCCGGGGUGAGACAGAAGUCAAGAGGGAGCCGACAUACAACCCUCAGGUGGAGGCCAUCUCGCCAACACUUCCUCCCGAAGAUUCGGCCAGCAAGACCUUCAAGGAAGAACUCCUGCAAGGCAUAUCCAGGGUGGACAGGGAGAUCACUAAGGUGGAGCAGAAUAUCAUGAAACUCAAGAAGAAAAAGCAAGCCCUGGAGGAAGAAACGUCGAAGCCCAAGAAGGAAAAGCCUGUCACCCCUGAGUUGGCCAUGCCAGAAACAAAACACCAGAGUAUAGCACAAAUCAUCUAUGCUGAAAACAGGAAAAAGGCCGAGGAGGCGCACAAGACGUUAGAUAAACUAGGGCCCAAAGUUGAGCUGCCUCUGUACCACCAGCCCUCGGAUACAGCCAUCUACCAUGAGAACAAGAAAAAGUUCCAGGUGUUCAAGAAGCGGCUGAUUCUUCACCUGAAGAAGAGGAACCAGGCCAGGAAGAUACGGGAGCGAUACCUAACGGAGAGAUAUGACCAGCUGAUGCAGAGAUGGCUGAAGAAGAUGGAGAGACUGGAGAAUAAUGCCAAGAGAAAAGCCAAAGAUGCCAAAAUGAGAGAAUUUUAUGAGAAGAUAUUCCCAGAAAUAAAGAAGUCUCGAGAGGACAAAGAGAGGUUUGCCAGUAGGGUGGGUGCCCGAAGCAGUAUCGCAUAUGCGCGGAGCGAGGCCGAGCUCGAACAGAUCAUGGACGGAUUACAUGAACAGGAGGAGGAGGAUAAAAAGAUGAGGAGCUAUGCUGUCGUGCCACCAAUGAUGCUAGAUGCCCGACAGCGGAAGUUCCGAUUCAUCAACAACAAUGGGCUGAUCGAGGACCCCAUGGGAGACUAUAAGGAGAAACAAAUCGUCAACAAAUGGACGGAGCAUGAGAAACAAGUUUUUAAAGAAAAAUACCUCCAGCAUCCAAAGAACUUUGGCCUUAUCGCUCAGUAUCUUCCAAGGAAGACUGUGGCAGAAUGCGUUCAUUUUUACUAUCUCACCAAGAAAAGUGAUAACUACAAGCAGUUAUUACGGAAACAGAAUAUGAAGAGAAAACGUUCGCUACAGAAGUCACAGCAACCAUCCAUGCAACCUAAGGAGGAGUCCCAACAACGCCAUGACGACGGUGACGACAACACCAAGUACGUCACACUUAUUGGUGCCAAGAAGGAAGAUGAGAAGGAGGCAGAGGAAGAGUCAUCUGAAGAUGAAGUUACCGUGGCAACCACAGAGGGUGAAGGAGGGGUUCACCAGUGUGCGGUAUGCAAGGUCCAGCUGGAACACUUCGGUAUGAGCAGACCUCUCACCCGCAGCAACUGUGAGAAUUAUGGGAUGUUAGAAAGCGAGGUGAAGCCCGAGAUGCGGGUGUGCAGCAGCUGCAGGUGUCGCUCUGUCCGCCGCAGAUACACACAAUGUCCGGUGCCUACAUGUAAGACGCCCAAGCGUAAAGUGAAGCGCCUGCGCCCUCUGCCAGCCAAAUGGAGUGAACUGACUGCUGAAGUGAAGGAGCCAAUCAUUAAGGAGAUGCAACUGACAGAUGAGAUAAGCAAGUGCUGUUCUGCCUGCUUCAAUCGGAUAGCGCGUAAGCUCGGCACCAACCCACACACAAAUGAGCCGAUAGUAGCACUGGUCCCAGAAAACAUGGACGAAGUUGUAGAGACCUCGCGGUGGACGGAGGAGGAGAUGGAGGUAGCCAAGAAUGGUCUGAGGGAGCACGGUCGAGACUGGUCUGCUAUAGCCGGGAUGGUGGGGACCAAGACUGAGGCACAGUGCAAGAACUUUUACUUCAACUACAAGAAGAAAUUCAACUUGGAGGCCAUUCUCCAGGAACACAAGGACAAGGCUGACAAGAGGACAACAUCUAUUUCUGAAAGUGUGGCAUCGACAGUAACAGCAGCCUCGGAUGCAGAGAUGCUGUCCAGCGAUGAAGACAAUGGUGCAGAUGAUGACUCUGACACUGCCAGUGCCCCAAGUCCUACAACGCUGCCCAUCGACGAUGGUGAGGAUUCUGUUCCAAAGAUGGAUCCGAUCCAGCCCCCAAGGGAGACUGAGAUGGACCCACCAGGGCCCACCCUCAGCCUGACGCAGGAGAAUCUGUCCCGUAACAAGACACUGAGCGCCAGCCAGGGCAGCCUCAGAAGCAUCCCUGACAAUGACAGCAGUGCCACAAUGAGUGCUGAUGAGGGGCCAGGGCCAGGACCUGGGGCAGGGGCCAUAUCACACCAUCCCCACCCAGAACCACCCCCACAUGUAGCCCCACCACCACCACCAAGGCCAGUCAGCCAACCAACGGCAGAAUCGAAUGACCUGAAGUCUCACAGCCCACGACCCCGCUCAAACACUGGCACUCCCAUCAGUCAGCCUCCUCCCAUCUCACUGAGUGCCAGCCCAAUCCCUGCCCCACGAGAACAACCACAACAUUCAACACCAAACCCAGGGGCAAACCUCCGACCAGAAGGGCAUCCAAGUCAGAGAGAUCAGAAUGUCAUUGAUUUCUCCAAUGCCAGCAAGUCAGCUUCUCCCUUCCCAAGCCACCUGAUGGCUCCAGACAUCCGCCUCUCACCACGUCCCCCCAGCACACACUCUGAGGGGAGUCGCAGUGCCAUCUCACCCCACCCCCAGCAGUUUGUCAUGGAUAAGAAACCAAUGAAGCCGGCAUGUGUCCGAGACUUGAUCCACUCAGCCAUCGAGAGGAACCUUGGACAGCCCAGUGAAAGAUACUCUGACCAAAUGCAGGACAGGAGCAGACCACCAUCUUCAGACCCGAACCAGAGACCACCAGCUGCACAAAUGUCGAACUCGGGGAUGCCCCAGGAUCUGCGUAAAGAGAAGCGAGAGCCAAUCAUGCCCCCCAUGCAGGGUGACUCGCGCUCCAUGCCCCGUACAGCAGCCAGACACAUGGAGAGAGAAGGGCCACAUGAUCACAGGGAGUCCAAGGAUGCUACAGACUUGUCAAGGAGGCCUCUAGAUUUCACAGACAAAGGACCUCAUGGCUAUAAAGGAGACCCUCGUGACUUUGAUCCUCAUAGACAACGCACAUUUGACUCCUACACAAGAGCAGCUGAAAGGGUUCCCAGUCAGAUGGUUGUGCCACCACCGGCCCAUUCACACCAUGGGACUCCAUCUGUGCACCAGUCUGAUGCAAGUCGAGGAAGACAGCCAGAAAUGAGAGACAAAUCCCCAUCUUUGUAUCCUCCAGAACAUGGCCGGUCGUUGUCUCCGGCAGUACGAGGUGGCAUACCCCCACAGUGUAGUUCCCCUUAUGGACCUGAAUCUGUGAGAUCACCAGCUUCCAGAAUCCCACCUCCUCCACCACUGAUUAACAACUCUGCCAAGACCUCCCCAAAACUGACCCGCUCACCCCAAGGGGGGCCUCAUCUGAUGAUACCCCCAGGGUCCAUCACCCAUGGCACGCCGGUCAGUCACCACUCCACUCCCUCCCCUGUGGGUCACCCCAUGACUACAAGCCCUAUCGGAAGGAGAAUGGAAGGAGUAUCACGGCAGCCAACACCACCAUCUGCUGCACAGCGAAUGGAAGGGUCGAUCACUAAAGGUACCCCCAUGAACCGUGAAGGGGGUGUCGGGAGAGGGAUGCCACCUGAGGGGAUGCCGAGGAUGCCAGGCAUGAUUGACCCUGGAUCUAUGGGCAGGGGUCAUCCCAUGUAUGAGGGUCCCUACAGACCCCCUGUGCCUGGAGGCUAUGAGAGAGGGGAGGUAUCUAAGCCACAGUACUACCAGUAUCAAUAUCCAGAGCAGCCCUACAGCAGUUCCAAGCAAACAAUAAUGAGUGACUAUAUGACUGCCAAGCAGAUGCCUCGAAGGUCACCAGCUGCGCAGGAAAAAGAUGGACGUUUGUCUCCUAGAGGAAGAGAAAAUGCACCUAGAAACUUCCUGGAAAUGUUGAUCCUCGAAGCAUGGACCCAAGGAUGCAAGCUAUCUUUCCUGUGCACGCGCAACACAGUUGUUUAUGUUAAUCCAGCUCAGAUUCCAGCUUCCUCUGCUGACCGAGCUCAAGGAAAGACAUCACCUUUACCUCCGCGCGCAACACCAUCACCGAGGGAUGAAAAAGGAAUGUGGGGCCGCCCCCAUGUACAUCACAUCCCCUCAUCCACAGCAUCCACCCUUCCCUUGGACCAGCACCACCCACAGAGACCUAGCAUUGUCAUGGGCACUGGCAAGCCACCCCACAUGUCAGAGAUGAUGUCCUCCCGAAUUGAGCAGCAAAGCAGCGGACCCGACAGCACAAGCGUCCAGCGACAGGCUAUGUCUCCCAGACAAGCAGAGCAGAGGCAUGCUGAGGCACAGAUGUCGCACACCAUGUUGAUGGUAAGAGACCCAAACAGCCGACCUCGUCUAUCGCCGAGUCAACAGAUGCAGUAUCGGUACCCAGACCAGCAGAAGGAGGAGAGGAUGGGCAUGUCUGGUCCUUGGAACCAGCUCCAGCAGCGAGAGGAGCAUGCUCAGAAGCCCCGAGCGUAUGAUGCCCGACAGAUGCCAGAACAUGGCCGGAGGGAGCAUGAGAGGAUGCCAGAGGCACAGAUGUAUCCGAGAGAUGGACGCAUGGUACAUGAGUCGGGGAUGAUGUACGCUAAACCAGACGUCAGGGAUGUCAGGGACAGAGAUGAACCAAUGUAUGUGGACAGAGAACCCAGGCAGGCGGAAGUACAAUCAUCCUCAGACUCCACUCCUCAGAGACAAAUGACAGAUCCAAACUAUAUCCGUCAAAUGACAGGAGACCUACCAGGAUCAGCAAUGAUCCUUUCGGCCUUCCAGAAAGACUCUGCUGUGGCCCACACAGUUACCCAGCCGACAUCUACCAGCACUGCUGCAAGAAGUCUGACAGCAGCGACUCUGAUUGAUGCAAUCAUCACCCACGAGAUCCAUCAUGCGAAUCCGGAAGAGAAAAAGAAUGAGCGCAGACCAGCUGCUGGGACAACACCACCGAUGAGUAGACAGCCAGAGAUGAACAAACCACCUCAGAGUAUGGACACUUCGGAUCCUGGUCUUCAAGGACAGUACAAGCCACCUCGCAAGUACCACAGUGAUCCCCAAGUGCAGUCACGAUCUGAGAUGGAAGCAGAAAGACAAAGUUUGGCUCAUUCUGGACAACAAAUUAUUUCAGCCAUGGCUUCAAGACAGUUGGACCGGGAAGGGAAUGGCCCUCAUAUUGGACAUAUCCCUGGCCCCAAUGCAUUACGUCAGUUCCAUGCAGCACAGCAGGCAAAUCAACAGUACGCUCAAGCACAAGCACAAGCACAAGCUCACGCACAAGCACAAGCACAAGCACAAGCUCAGGCCAGGCUCAGGCUCAGGCUCAGGCUCAGGCUCAGGCCCAGGCCCAGGCCCAGGCUCCUUCAAUUUAGUCAAAGUCAGAAUCAGAUGCAGCAUCAAGGUCAAGGUCAAGGUCAUCCUGGACCUCCCCACUCUCAGGGUCAUGGGCAAGCUUCUUCACAGUCUCAAGGUCAUGGUCAGACCAGUCAUUCUGGGGGUCAGAGCUCAGGAUCUUCAUCUAAGGCCAUAACUCUAGGGGAACACAUCGAUGCAAUCAUUACCAACGACUACCACAGCAAAAGGUUGGGACAGAACAAAGGUGCGAGUCUCCUCAGCCAAAUCAACAGUAGUGGAACCACAGGACAACCAGUGUCCUCCACCCCAUCUUUGAUAGCUGAGCCACACCCGUCUUUAAUGACAAGCCUGACGCCCCCAGUGUCUCGGACGUCCCCGUCUGAGGUGGGUUCCUCAUCUGACCCCCAGCGGCCCCGAAGUUACUCUGCAAGCAACCCCCACUAUGAACAAGUCUACCACGCCAAGUGGAAGAAGAGGGUACAGCAGCAGCAGGAAAUCGAAGCUUCUAGCCACCAGGAAUCUCUGUCCUCGUCUUCAAUGCCAUGCCCCUCCCCUCACUCGGGGGUAGAAAGUGAGGGCCUGAGGGUACCCAGCAAACACAACAGUCCUCAAGGCAUGGAGAGGGGUGGGCUCCACUCCGACCAGUCCCGCUCCCCCCAGCCACCUCCGUCAUCACUGCCCGGCCAGCAACACCUGGACAGCGUCGUCUUAGAGCCUGUCUCUCCCACCCCAGGCCACCACCCCCACCACCAGCCAGCCGACAGCAGUGGCCAGGGCCCCACUACAUCCGAGACUACACCCGCUACUAAAGCUAAGACAGAGUUCAACAUCAGCACCUUGGACUUUAUGAUGAGGAGGAGAAUAGAGAAAGCUAUAUUGGAGGAAACCAGUCCCAGUCAGUCAGAGCAGCAGAUAGAGUCCUCUGUGCCAUCACUUUCUCAGUCUCGCCUCAAUCAGCAGCAGCAUGCUGUUGAGUCCUCGGUGUCUCCCUCGCUUGCUGCUUCUCGGCUUGUGACACAGCAACAGCAGCAGAUGCCACCCAGCCAGCCUCUGCCGUCAAACCGCCAACUGCUUCAGCUUCCAGACACUCGACAAGAUGCUCGUCAGCAGCCAGGAGAUAGCCGACUAGGUCAUCAGGAUAGUAGGUCUUCCGACUCCCAACCCGGUCCACCUGAUGGAAGAACAUCUCAACAGCAGCAAGAAGCUUUCCCCAGCAGUUCAUCUCAAGUUGAUCCGUCAGCCAGCCCAAUCUCAGGAAUCAGAUGAUCGUCAAAUGUCUGGGAUGAGACCAAUGGUGUCUGUUUCAGCAGCUGAAUCCUCGGAGGCUAGCCAUGCAAGUGCUGCUACCCCACACUAUCAGCAGCCCAAGAAGCGGGGUGUAACAAGACCACCUGGCAAAUUUGCU